GCUGGGCCCCGCUGCCGGUCACCCGACGACAGCCACUAAGGCUCUUCCCUGGCUCUGAGAAAUACAGUAGAUCGGUUCCCAGAAAUUCGUUUCUUCGAAUAUGUAGGCUUGAUCUGCGCGUGCGCCUCAGGCGGGGGCGGAGCAGAGGCGGGGCUAUGACACCAGUUCCGGGGCUGGAACGUCCGGCAGAGGCCGUAUUAUAGCGCCUUUCGCGGGGCAGCGCAGCGAUGGCGAUUUUUAGUGUGUACGUGGUUAAUAAAGCCGGCGGCCUGAUUUACCAGUGGGACAGCUACUCGCCACGAGCUGAGGCCGAGAAAACUUUCAGUUACCCUCUGGACCUGUUGCUGAAACUGCACGACGAGCGAGUGCUGGUGGCUUUCGGCCAGCGCGACGGCAUCCGGGUGGGCCACGCAGUGCUGGCCAUCAAUGGCGUGGAUGUGAAUGGCAAGUACACGGCCGACGGGAAAGAAGUGCUGGAGUAUCUAGGUAACUCUGCAAAUUACCCGGUGUCCAUUCGUUUCGGCCGGCCCCGCCUUACCUCUAACGAGAAGCUUAUGCUGGCAUCCAUGUUCCACUCGCUCUUUGCCAUUGGUUCCCAGCUGUCUCCGGAACAGGGAAGUUCAGGCAUUGAGAUGCUGGAGACAGACACAUUCAAACUGCACUGCUUCCAAACACUGACAGGGAUCAAGUUUGUGGUCCUGGCAGAUCCUAGGCAAGCUGGAAUAGAUUCUCUUCUCCGAAAAAUUUAUGAGAUUUACUCAGACUUUGCCCUCAAGAAUCCAUUCUACUCCUUGGAAAUGCCUAUCAGAUGCGAGCUAUUUGACCAGAACCUGAAGCUAGCUCUAGAGGUGGCAGAGAAGGCUGGCACUUUUGGACCUGGGUCAUAGGCUGAGCCUGGAAUGAACCCCUGAGACAUGCUGCAGAGGGCUUUGCUGUUUCCACUCUGGUGAGGAUCCCAUUGCAGUAGCCUUGUUAAUGUACUUGAAAAUGGGAGAACACUGAGCCUGGAGAUGGGAAUAGAUCCUGGGCUAGAAUGCCAUGUUCUCUGCCCUUCUGUAUAUAUCACGGUCCUUCUCUGUACAGAUUUAUUUAUGGAGGAAGCCGGCUUAGCAGUGCUAUAAUAAACAUUCCUUUGUUCUAG